AUGACGGAACAUAAUCAUCAACAUCACUCUCAUUACACGAGGAGACCAUCUUCAAGUUCGAGUAGAAGCCCCACGAACAGAAUCGGAUUGAACGGGACUGCUGACAGAAGGAUUAUGGAGCUAUCUCCACCACCACGUCCUACACCAUCAUCACGGAUGUCCCUUUCAGCAUUGGUCAAUCCCUCUCCACCCCGAAACAUCAUCCCCAGCAUUGACAGUCGAGAGCGAGAGCGAGAACGAGAGCGAGAGCGGGAACGAGAUAGGGAUAUAUACGAUAGCGCGAUAUAUCCUGCAUCAUCGUCCACCUCAUCCAAUCGAUAUCCAACGAAUAAUCGUACAUACGAAUCAGGAGUUGGACCCUCAACAUCAACUGAAAUUUCCAUCCCUAAUCCUAAACCCAAUCCUGGCAGUAGUACAGCAGCAUAUUACGAUAGAGUUUAUGAUGACUAUGAAACGGGAUUUGGAAGACCGAGAUCAAUCGUUCCUUCCUAUGCCGACGCUUCUGGAUCUAUCGUGGAUAGGGGAAGAGAUAUCGAAAGAUCAAAUGGGAAUGGAAAUGGAAAUGGUAAAGGGAUUACAAGUGUCAUAAGAAGCCAUGAAGGUUUACCACCACCUUUACCUGGACACGUAUCUAAACUCGCUCUUGAUCGUACACGUGAACGUGAGCGUGAGCUUGAUCUGCCUACAAACAUGGAUGACCUUGAGCUUGAAAGGGAAAGGGAACUACUGGAAUAUUCAAGGGGAAGAGAUUAUUCAACUUCACCAAUUAAGAAAUCAAAUUCAAAUUCGAAAUCAAAAUCAAAAUCACAAUCAACGUCCCGAUCAAACAUAGAUUAUCCACCAUCGGAUAUAUUUCAAGUACCACCUCAAUCUCAUAUUGAUACUCAUACUCACACUCACGAACCGCGAUCUUCAUUAUCAAUGUCAAUAUCACCUGUUAAAUCCUCUAUUCAGCUUUCACGAGCAUUAAGACCAGAUGAUAGAUUAUUAGGUAAUGAAGAUAUUUGGGAAUUGGGUUUGAAAAAAUAUCAAUUGAAAAGAGAAGAUGAAGUGGAAGAAAUCAUUAAAUUCGUUCAAGUUUAUCAGCCACCAUUCAAUGGAAAUGGAAAAAAAUCAGCUCGUAAAUCCAUCAUGAACUCUGAAGAACCGCUCAACCUUCCACAAAUGCCUGGUCAAGUCAUGGAAAAAGGAUCAUCAUCUAAACCUAAAGCUAAUUCAGGUAAACGGAAGUACAAUCGCAAGUCGAAGGGCGGUAAACCCUUCAAUGCCAACCUGGAUGACGAAUUACUUGGGUUAGCGGGUGAUGAAGCUGUCUCCAGUCCUGUUCCCACUCAUUUCGGAUCAGAUAUGGUCGAUCCCUUCUCAAACGAUGAAGAUGAUGAUCAAGAUGAAGAUGAAGAAGGGAAAGAAGAAAUCCUUCAAGGUGAUCCCACUGAUCCUGAAACGAUAGUCAACCCUUGUGGACUGACGAGAGCUGAAGUCAUCAGAAAAAUUGAGUCUAAUGAUAUAAGUGGAUUGACGGAAGAUGACGUAAAAGCUGUUCAAGAUGAAAUGUGGUUGAGAAUGAAAGAGAAAGACGGUGGCGCCCCUGUAAAUAAAGAUGGUACAGUGAGAAAGAAACCAGGUCCAGCAAAAGGUUGGAAAAGGAUUAGAGGAAUCGAAAGCAGAAGAGGAAGAAAAGGUUAUUCAGGUGUGGGAGAUUACGAUGAUUCAGAAGCUGGUGACACAUCAAUAGCAGAUGGUGAAGCUGAUGCUGAUAUCGCCGCUUUAUUAAACGAUGAUUCCGCCCUAAUGUCAGGAUCAGAAUCUAAACCAGGAAAAGCGAAAGCGAAGAAAAGAAAAUUAGAUGAUGAUCAAGAAGAAAUCAAAUUCGUCGAUUCAGAUGAUGACAAUGAUGAAAGUCAUAGACCGUCAGAUGGAUUUGGCUUUGAUUAUUUGGAUGAAGACAGAUCAAUUAGAGCGAAUUCAGUUGGGGGUUCAAGUAACAUCGAUUCUACUACAACUACAUCAAAAAAGAAAAGUAAAGCUAAAGAACCUGGUGUAGGUAAAGGUAGAUGGACAAGACCAAUGAAAUCUGAUAAAGAUGGAGGUGAGAAUGAGAUGAUAGAGAAAGAAAUCACCAAAGAAAUCUCAACUCCAAAGGAAAAAGGAAAAGGAUCCUCUUCAAAAGUCACAAAUAAUAAUAAAUCUUCAAAACAGAUCAAUGUCACUCCACUUCCAACUGAACCUUACACCGUCAAAGAUCAGGAUGAAGAUGUCAAUUCGAUGUUGGAUCUUCCAUUUGCCACAACUGAGGUAUUACCUGAAAUUCAAGAGAAACCUCCUGGACCAGCACCCAAUUCUCACGACCCCAGAGGUAUAAGUGAGAAUGAAGCGAAAGUGAGAUUCGAUCUUGUUGAGGAAUUCCAGAGACAGAUCUGGACGCUUGUUGUUAGAGAUGUACCAAAGGUGUACAGAGUUUACCAAGGAUACGAUACCACCGUCAAGCAGUCUGCUGCUAGACGUAUUCAAGCUGCCGUGAGGAAUGGACAUGGUCAAAAGAAUUUGAAGAUUACUCAAAGAACUAAAAAUGCUAGAGAUUCCAUAUCGAAGGCCAAGCGGGUUGUGAAAGAGAUGCUCGUUUUCUGGAAGAAGAACGAAAAAGAAGAACUCAUUGCCCGAAAGAAAGCAGAGAAAGAAGCUCUGGAAAAAGCCAAACAAGAAGAAGAAGCAAGAGAAUCCAAGAGACAAGCGAGAAAAUUGAAUUUCUUGUUAACUCAGACUGAAUUGUACAGUCAUUUUAUAGGCAAGAAAAUCAAAACGGUAGAAGCUGAAAGACCGGAUGAUGAAGCGCCAAAUGAUAAACCUCUCAACGAAGAUCCUCAUGGUCGAGAUGAAGAUCUUGCUUUGGGUGAAGAUGGUGAACCCUUACCGGAUAUCGACUACGAUGAUGACGAUGAAGAGAAUCUGCGACGACAUGCAGCCAGGGGAGCACACGCAGCUGUUCAAGCUGCUAAAGCUAAAGCAGCAGCUUUCGAUCAAGCCAAUGCUGGACGUGUAGUUCAACAAGAAGAUGAUACCAUGGACGGAGACGAACUCAAUUUCCAGAAUCCAUCUUUAGGUGAAAACUCGGUUACCAUUACUCAACCGAAAAUGCUCAUGGCUCAAUUGAAAGAAUAUCAAUUGAAAGGUUUGACUUGGUUGGGUAACUUGUACGAACAGGGUAUCAAUGGUAUUCUGGCUGAUGAAAUGGGUUUGGGUAAAACUAUCCAAUCCAUAUCUCUCCUCGCAUAUCUAGCAGAAGUCCAUAAUCUCUGGGGACCUUUCUUGGUCAUCGCACCCUCAUCCACAUUGCAUAAUUGGCAACAGGAAUUAGCAAGAUUCGUCCCUCGUCUCAAGGCGUUACCUUAUUGGGGUAGUCCGAAAGACAGAGAAACGCUAAGAAGAAUCUGGUCCAGGAAAAACCAAACUUUCAAUGAGGACUCGCCAUUCCAUAUCCUUGUCACAAGUUAUCAACUUGCUGUCCAAGACGAGAAAUACCUUCAAGGGAUGAAGUGGCAAUACAUGAUUCUUGAUGAAGCUCAAGCUAUCAAAUCUUCUUCUAGUGCUAGGUGGAAAUCCUUACUCUCGUUACACUGUCGAAAUAGGCUACUUCUGACCGGUACACCAAUCCAAAACUCUAUGCACGAGCUCUGGGCGUUACUACAUUUCAUUAUGCCUUCCUUGUUCGACUCUCACGAGGAGUUCUCCGAAUGGUUCUCCAAGGAUAUCGAAAACGCCGCUGGGGGUUCUGGAGGAUCCCUGAAACCUGAACAACUGAAAAGGCUGCAUAUGAUUCUGAAGCCUUUCAUGUUGCGACGUGUUAAGAAGCAUGUUCAGAAAGAGUUGGGCGAUAAGAUCGAAAUCGACCUUCUUGUCGAUCUAUCUCAACGUCAACGAAACAUCUACACAGCACUUCGACAGAGAGUAUCUAUUUCGGACCUUAUUGCUCAGGCCAAUAAUGCUUCCGAAACUUCUGGUACAAAGAACUUGAUGAACCUGGUCAUGCAAUUCCGAAAAGUAUGUAAUCACCCGGAUCUAUUCGAAAGAGCCGAUGUCGUUUCACCAUACAUGUUUGGAACAUUUUCUCAAUCUGGUAAUCUCGCAAGGGAAGGUGAUCAACUAUACCUCCCGGUUUCAGCCAAAAACCCCAUCGAAGUCAAGAUUCCCAAGAUUCUCUGGACAGACGGUGGAGUGGUCGACAUACCCAGUGAAGAAAGCUUGGCAGGAAGUGAUUCUCAUGUCAUGAAGAAUCUCAUGAAUAUAUGGAACGAAGAUUGGAUCAAUCGACAAUCGAAAGAGAAACAGAGUGAAUUUGGAUUCGUCAAAAUACUUGAUAGAUCACCAUCUGAAAUCGCUAAAUCUGCAAAAGCGCAUCCUCUCAUCACCCUUCUACAAGAAAAUGAUUAUUCAAAGAGGAAAAUAUUUGAUGGACCAUAUUUGGAUGAAAAUGAUUUAUCAGCCUGUACGAAGAAACGAUUUUCCAUACCCCCGAAAAUACCUCACGCUUCUAUACCAGGCGGAAUACCCUUGAGAGAUAUCACUACCAGGACAUGGAAUCAAUCGUUCUUUUCCAGACCGGAUGCGAGAUUCGUAUCUGAUUAUGUCAUAGCACCACUAAUCAAGCCAGUGGUUUCAGAUCGAUCUUUCUUAAACGCUCAAGAUAGAUCAUUAGAUGAUCCAUUGGUCAAAGAAAUCAUGUAUGGAUUAUCACCAUCCGAACGAAAUGACCCAUUGUCCUAUAAGAGAUUACAGAACCUAGUCAAUGCAAACGCAAAUGGAGGUUCAAAACUAUCAGUUCCUCCAGAGGGUUUAUUUUCUUCUGCGCCAUAUGAACAACAACCGAUUUCAACCUUGAGAUACCCACCAACCAAAAGGUUGAUUGUCGAUUCUGCAAAAUUAGCAAGAUUAGAUGAUUUGUUGAGAGAGUUGAAAGAUGGUGGACACAGAGUCUUACUUUAUUUCCAGAUGACUAAAAUGAUGGAUCUCAUUGAAGAAUAUCUGAUCUUUAGACAGUAUAAAUACCUUAGACUGGAUGGUAGUUCUCCUAUAGGUGAAAGGAGAGACAUGGUUACUUCCUGGCAAACAAAUCCUGAUAUCUUUGUAUUCUGCUUGAGUACAAGAGCUGGUGGUUUGGGUAUCAAUUUGACUGCUGCUGAUACUGUCAUCUUCUACGACCACGAUUGGAAUCCAUCAUCAGAUGCACAAGCUAUGGAUCGAGCACAUCGAGUCGGACAAACCAAACAAGUAACGGUAUAUCGAUUGAUCGCAAGAGGAACGAUCGAAGAACGUAUAUUGAAAAUGGCUCGCGCCAAGAAAGAUGUACAAGAUAUAGUCGUUGGAACUAAAUCGAUUAAUGAUGUGGCUAAACCAGCUGAGAUAGCAUCAUUAUUCAUGGAUGAUGAAGAAUUAGCUGAAAGUGUAGCUAAAAGGAAACAAGCUGAAUUACACGGAUAUAUCCCAACUUCAAUCACGACCAAUGCGAACACCAAAUCGAAAUCUGCAUUUGGGGAUGGAUUACGUAUUGAAAAUGAUGAUGAUGAAGAUGAUUUCUUCAAGAAUCCAAAUAAAGGGACUGGAAAUAAUGAAGAUGAAGAUUUCGGUAUUGCGGAUGAUGGUCCAACGAUGACUUCAAAUACAACAGGUACAGGUACAGGUACGAAUACACCGAAGAAUGGAGCUUCAUCCAAUGGAAAAAAGAAAAGCAAUGGUGGUGGUGGUGGUGGAUCAAAGAGAAAAGUGCCUCCUGAAGGUGAAAGUGGUAAGAAGCCAAUCAAGAAAAAAGUCAAAAUCGCUUUGGGUGCAGAUGGUUUACCUAUUUAG